UGCGGCAGACAUCAUCGCUUAAUACGGUCGCCUUGUGAAGCCAUCUGGACGCCUUACCUACCUACUAUUCGCCUCGAUCCAGCCACUCGCUACCUCAAUAGCAGGCUCUCGCAGCUCGCCAAUCUUCAGCCCCUCGUCCGUAUCAAAGAGUCUACACUCGUUGCCAACACUAGGCCCCCAAUCUCCAACACACAAGUCUCGCUUCAUUCCGCUUUCCUCGUCAUGGCCAAACUAUUGAUCCCUCCCACAUCGAUCAAUACCAAGCUCAGUGUGAAGGCGGUUGCAGAGAUAUCGUCCAAAGAUGUCCCCAGGGAGCAUAGCCCAGCAUCGGGCAAGGUCUUCAAUAUGGGAGUGCUAGUAUCGGACGAAAAUGUUCAUGUUAGCCCCUGGACACACGCCAUUUAUGUCGGUGAAGGUGCUGCCAACGUUCUAUUCAUCCCGUUUCUAUAUACCAAGUUUGCGCGGCAGGAUGACAAAGACAGGACCGAGGACGACUUAUUAACAAAAUACCUCUUGAGAGUACCAAAGCAACCCAAAGGUGGCGACAAACCAUUCUAUCCGCCAGAAGAGCAGUGGUCUUAUUUCUGGGACACCAUUGCUCCUCUCUUCACCUACCGCGCGGAUAUACUAACCGACAUGAAAUAUGCAUUUCUCCCAAAAGACGCCAUGAAGCACAUGCAGAACGUCCUGGAUGCGCUGAACAAAGCUCCGGCGGGAGCCAAAAAGCGACCCGCCAAGUUCGAAAACACCAAGAUCAUGGAAACAGAUAGGGCCUGCCUGAUCGAGAGCAUGCGCGCGCGGAGCGCCGACGAGCGCGUAGUCGAAUUUAAGCCAAAAUGGCUCGCCCAGUCGCCAUCCGCGCCGAGAGACGCCAACACUUGUCGCUGCUGCGCACUCGCCGCCAAGAAGUUCAAAGACAGCAAGGACGCCGGUAGCAACCCGCGGUACUACCCGUGUCCCCUCUGGUUGGACCCCGAGAGAGAGACACCGAAGGGCAGGGAGGAUGUGCGUCAAAAGGUUAUCUCCAGCUUGUUUCAGUACAGCAGCGCCGGAGACAACAAGCACGCCUCUAUCCUGUACGAACUGCUGAAGAAGACGCCCAUCCUCACCUUAUUGAAAAGGCACCAGACCCAAAAGGAUCCCCGCGGGCCCCUGAACGCGAACAAAAACGACGAGGAGUUUAGUAUCGCCAUGACGUUGCGAGACUGCUCCCUCUAUAUGCGAUACCGCCUCGAGAAGAAGGGCUCACAGGAGAUUGUGGUUGCGGACUCGUUUGAGGCCAAACUUGCCGAUCUCGACAAGAAGAACGUGUCCUGGAAGUUUCAAGAGUGGCAGGAGAAAGAGCGCGCGUUGAUCGACGAGGGCUGGUACACCGGGCGCGGAAAGAUGGUGAACUGCGCACUCCAGGCCUAG